CUGAGCACAAACCGCAUCUGAACGCUAAAGGUUUUGACUUUUCUACCAGCUGACAAUGCUGCCUCUUAUACUGACAAAAUAUCAACAUACAGUAUGGGUCUGGUUUAACUAUAAACCUUUUGGCCAAGCAAGAAUGCUGUAGAAAUGCUGUCCGUUGCGCUUCUGCUCUUCAGCCUCAGUAUCCCAGCAGUAUAUUGUGGAAGUCACUCCCUGCAGUAUCGUAUAGCCCUGGUAUCAGUUCCAGGCUACGAUGUUCCUCAGUAUUCAGUUGUUAUGUACAUAGACGGCUUGCAGUAUGGAAGGUACAACAGUGACACACAGUGCGCCCAGGCUUUGGCUCCAUCACUGAAUGCACUUUCUGAGCACAUAGAAAAUCAGACCAAAUACGCUCAGGAAUAUGAAGUCUGGCAAAGGCACAGGCUGAACUUUCUAAUGGGAUUUUUUAAUAAAUCAAAAGGGGAUACCCAUAUCUACCAGAGGAAGUGUGCCUGUGAGCUGCAUGAAGAUGGCACCAUUGGUGGAUAUGAGGAGAUUGCCUUUGAUGGGAAGGAGUUUUUUAUUUUUGAUAAGGAGAGAGUGGUGUAUGUGCCUGUAACACAAGAGGCGGUGAUGGUAUCUCACCUAUGGAAUAUACGUUAUGAUCCAACUGAUAGUAAGGUGUAUGUAGAAAAUGACUGCAUCGAGAACCUGAAGCUGUAUCUCCCUAUCAUAUCAACUGACUUGGAGAAGAAAGUUCCCCCCAAAGUGAAGGUUUCCAGCUCAGAGUCAGAGAGUGGCACCAAACUGCACUGCCGGGUGUAUGGGUUCUACCCCCGAGAUGUGGAAGUGAAGUGGAUAAAGAAUGGGAGAGAUGAGAUUCACUCAGAGGAGGCAGCACAGAUCCUGCCAAACCCUGAUGGCACCUAUCAGAUCAGAGUCAGUGUGGGGGUAACACCAGAGGAGGGCGCCACUUACUCCUGCCAUAUAGAUCACAGCAGCUUGGAGACUCCCCUGGUUGUUCCCUUUGAACCCAGCAAGAGAAGCAUUUUGUAUAUCAUCAUCCCUGUCAGUGCGGCUCUGCUCCUCCUCCUCCUCCUCUUCCUGCGGGCCCAGCAGUUCAAAAAGGGAGAUCCUUUUGUUUUGCUGGCUUUUGAAAGAGAGACACAGAGUGAGCAGCCAGUGCCAAUUGUGUGAGUUCAGAAUGCAAAGAGAAAAGCCUGCGGGGCUGCUGGUGAUUACUGAGGCCUCUGUGGAAUCUCCGUGUGUGUCCCCUGGUGGUGAGGACAGGUAUUGCUUGC